AUGCCACACCACAUUCACAGCUACAGUGAGCAAGCUACCGACUUACCCAGAAAACAGGAGACUGCAAUUUCAGGCAAAGGGUUUCUUCAGAUCAACUGUGAAGGGGGAGAAAAAAGGAAGUGGAAAAUGAACAACCAAACCACAGAAAUCUACGACGAUUCGACUCUAUAUGAUACCUAUAGUUACAAUGAUGACGAUUCUUCAAAACCUUGCAGUAAAGAAAGCAUCAAGAAGUUUGGAUCACACUUUCUGCCCACACUUUACUCUCUGGUAUUCCUGCUUGGCUUGGUAGGGAACUCUCUAGUCAUUUUGGUCCUGUUCAAAUACAAGAGGCUGAAGAGCAUGACCGACGUUUAUCUGCUCAACCUUGCAAUCUCAGAUUUGCUGUUUGUUUUCUCCCUUCCCUUCUGGUCUUAUUAUGCAGCAGAUCAGUGGGUUUUUGGGGACGGAUUGUGUAAAAUCAUUUCUUGGAUCUAUCUGGUUGGGUUUUACAGUGGGAUAUUUUUUAUUAUGCUCAUGAGCAUUGAUAGAUACUUGGCAAUAGUUCAUGCUGUGUUUGCCUUGAGAGCAAGAACCGUCAACUAUGGCAUCUUUACCAGUCUUAUUGUAUGGUUAGUAGCCAUUUCAGCCUCAGUUCCAGAGAUGAUAUUUAGUGAAUCCUAUAAGGAACGCAAUCAUACCACCUGCAAACCACGGUACCCUGGUAAUUCCACAAACUGGAGGAUUUUCUCCUCUUUGGAAGUCAAUAUACUAGGGCUCAUGAUACCUUCAGUGGUUAUGAUUUUUUGCUACUCGAUGAUCAUUAAAACCUUGCUGUACUGUAGAAGUGAGAAAAAGAAUAAGGCUGUGAAGAUGAUCUUUGCUGUCAUGAUUGUGUUUUUUGUUUUUUGGACCCCUUACAACAUUGUGCUUUUCUUACAAUUGCUGGUAGACCUGGGUAUCAUUACAAAGUGUGAAAUCAGCAAAGAUCUGGACUAUGCAAUGCAAGGGACAGAAACACUGGCUUUUUUCCACUGUUGUCUCAAUCCCGUUAUCUAUUUCUUUAUGGGGGAAAAAUUCAAGAAGUACGUGAAGAUGCUCUUUAAGAGCUGGGCGGUACCUAGAAUGUUUUUUAAACGCUGUGGACUUCUCACCACUUACCACACUGAAUCAACCAGUUCAUUCCACUCACAGUCUACUGGGGAUCAAGACGCUCUGUAAAGAUACUGCAGUGUCUACCACAGUUACAAGAAAAACUGACAGACAUCACAACAUUAAAAAGUGUCUCAUUUAAGCUGAACAGAUGUGCAUUUAAAAAUAAGCCAGCACCUUAAAAUAAAUGUACCAUAAGCUUUCAGUCCUGCCUCUGGAUUUUUUUGAAU